CGUCCCGACGCUUUUCCACGUCGCGCGCCCAACGGUUGAGGCAGGGGAGGCUGCGCGCGUUCGUGCAAAGGCCGGGAAAAAAUGGCGGCGCCCGUCUUGCGAGUGUCCACCCCUCGCUGGGAGCGGAUAGUGCGGCUGCUCGUGUGUCUCUCAGGAAUCCUGCUAUCCCUGUACGCUUUCCAUGUGGAGAGGGAAAAAACCCGCGACGCCAACUACCGCGCCAUGUGCGACCUGAGCAGCUCCAUCAGCUGCUCCAAAGUCUUCACGUCCAGAUGGGGUCGAGGAUUUGGACUGUUGGGAACCAUUUUUGGGAACGACAGUGCAGUAAACCAGCCAAACAGUGUCUAUGGAAUCUUGUUUUAUAUCUUUCAGCUGUUACUAGGUUUGACGGCCAGCGCGAUGGCUGCUCUGAUUCUCAUGACCACCUCCAUCGCGUCAGUGAUGGGCUCCCUCUACCUGGGCUACAUCCUCUACUUCGUCCUCAAGGACUUCUGCGUCAUCUGCAUCACCACAUACGCACUGAACUUCAUCCUGUUUGUGCUCAACUACAAGCGACUGGUUUACUUGAACGAGGCCUGGAAGCAGCAGCUCCAAGCCAAGCGGGACUAGACUCACAAAACAACAACAACAAACGUAUAGAAGGAUAACAAAUCAUCCAACACGUGGGGAAAAUGUGACCUCUGAAAAAUUUGUGACUUGCCACCAGGAGACCUUGCUUCCAAACAAAUGUUCAUUCUGUCGUGUGUGUGUGUGUGUGUGUGUGUGUCUGUCUGUCUGUGUGUGUGUGUGUGUGUAAAACGAAACAAAAAAUUAAACAAGGAGAGAAAACAUGUAUCUUUAGGGGCCACAGAUCACAGGUUUAUUGCAUUGCAAGGAAGGAUUGGAAAACAGAAACACAAAUCUUUGUCCGCUUUGAUUUCUCGUUGGUUUUCUUUGUUCCCCGAGAUGAAAAUGAGGUUUGCGCUUUGAGAGAGAGAGCAGUCAGAAAGCACUUACGAGACAAACAGAAGAGGGUGUCCUUUCCCUGAGGAAUAAAAUGAUGGAGAAAACAAUGUGAGAAAUUCUGUUUACUUGAAUCCACUGGGAAAGUCGUUGCUCUUCCAGCGGGACUGAAUUUAAGGGUUUAAGGGUAAACACCAAUGAUCAUGAGGCUAAUGUACCGCUCGCAGAGAUGAUUCCACAAAAACGACGGAUUGCUAUUGAAAACGACAAAUAAAGUGUAAUUUUUUUUAUGUUUACAGUUUUUUUUUUUUUUUAUUAUUAUUAUUGUUUUGGAGGAGGACCACUCAUAAUACAUGGAAGAAUGUGAGCUGUAUGUGUGUAGAUCAGAUUUCUCUGUGACUACUUUUUUUUUUUUAUUAUUCGUUUGUUUUGCAGUUCUGUAAAUAGCUGCCGCAAAGCAAUAUUCCAGACUAGUUUGUGUUUUACCGUUGAAACAUUAAAAAGUCCCAAUCCACGGCAUGUCCGUCACUUCCAAUGAGUGUUUUCAACAGCGAUUGUGCAAGUGUUUCUCAUCCUGAAGGGUCUUCACCCAGGUUAAAUGCGUUAAAUUACUGCGACAGAGAUGAAGUUGUAACGUUGUUAGACUCAAGAAUUAUUUAUUUCUCCGUCGGCGCUCGUAAAAAACACCAAAUCAGGGUUUGGUUGUAAAGGAAAUACUAAGCGGCAAAAAGGAAAAAUGUUCACCUUUAGGUCAUCCGAGAUAUAGAUGGGUUAGUUUCAUCGAUUUGGAGAUUGUGUCGUUCCGUCACUCGCUCUGCAGUGAAUGGGUGCCGUCAGAAUGAGUCCAAACAGCUGAUUAUAUAUCACAAUAAUCCACAGCACGGCUAACAUCUGGAGAAGACAAAAGCUUGUGAUGUCUUUAUCAGCUUUCUGGGCUCUUUCUGACGGCACCCAUUCACAUCCGAUGGUUCUCCACGGGAAAAGAAACUCAUCAGAAGCUCAUAAUUUGGGUAAUUCCAACCAAUUCAGAUCGAAAAGAUCACUUGGGAUGUUUUCAUUGUGUUUUUGGAGAUGUCAGACAUUCCAGAAGUACACUAAUGUUCCUUAUAGAAGUAAAUGGAGAGGUUCUGCGCUCUCCCAGGUUUCCAUUUUUUUGUGCUUGAGUUUUAGGUUCAUAUUGUCAUUUUGUCACGUUCAUCAUGCUCAGAGCUAUCAUUUGUCAUUUCUUUUUGUGUUAAGUUGGUGAUUUUUCACGUGAAUAUUUUCACACGAGCUACAUCUACUGUAAUGUACUGUAAUGUAAUUUCCCCCACUUCUGUUACCCAGAAACCCCUCAGCCUGACAUUAGUUCUCGAUCCCCUUCAUCUCUACCUCUCAGUGUUUGUCUCUAGCUGUUUUGAUGUCGACGGAUGCAACAGAAAAGCCAGUUUUAGUCCAUCUUUAAGUGAAAAAGCGUCACAUCUUUCAGUGUACGUGUUUAGAUGCACAAUAUUACUGAUAAAAUAAAGGGUCAUCGAUGGUUCCUUUUAAGAACCUUUAACAUUCCAUUCCAGUAAAGGUUCUUUAUAGAAAGAGUUAUUGAGGGAACCAAAAGUGGUUCUUCUAUGGAGUUGCUGUGAAAACCCUCAUUUGAAACCUUUAUUUUCUAAGAGUUUGUUUUCUGUCAGAGCUUGCACUGUUGUAUUAGGAAUUGAAAGUCAUUAUUUUGUCAAAUUGACCAACUAUCCAAUCCAGUAUUGCACAAGCUGAGCUAACGUCAGUCUUCAGAUGGCCAUCAGGUGUGGUUUUGCGUAGAUGAUUAGGAGCUGCUGGAACAUGGAAAUGCGAGUGGAGAGAAACGAAUCGAGCCGGUUUAGUGAACGUGAAACGACGCGAUUGGUGUCGAUGUUUCAGUUGACCAAUCCUUGAGAAGAUGUCUCGUUUCCAUUCACGCCUCGGAAGCAGUUUCUACUCAGACUAAACUCUAUUGGCGAUGUUAAGUUAUCCCUCGACCGCUUGGUUUAAUUUAUUGACCUUUCUUUCGUUGAUGCUUUUGUGAAGCACAGCUUAUGGUUGGCGUCUUCGUCUGUGUUUGUAAUGCGUUUGCUUGAGAUGGAGUCGAUGUGAUCUGUACGAGUUCUGUUGGGUUUUUAAAUAUUUCACACCGACUAAUGAUGCCAGAACGUUAAUUUUCUCCAAUUAAACUCGACACGAAACAAUUUGCAACCCGCUUCACUUCAGAAACGUGACGUGUUUGAGAGUGCAACUGGAUAUUUAUUGUGAAAAGGAUCCAACUGUGUAAAUAUUUUUUAUUAACCAAUAAUCCGAGCAACAUGAUGGUGAUGAAAGUUAUUUUAUGUGUAUCGAGUCUUUCAGGUGUUACAAGAAAAUUGUAAUGAUGAGAAUUGUUAAAGAGCAGGAAGGUGUUCGCUGCAAAAAUAUUUUUAUUACUAUGUAUUUAUGUCUUGCUUAAAAUCAAGGCAACCAGCUUCAUCAGAUUUGACUUUUCCCAACAACUUGUUUUAAGUUUAUACAACAAAAGCCGAAGCUGAUUACCUUAAACGUUUUUUUUUUACAGUACAAAUAUCUAAGCUUUCAUAAAUCAAGAUACAUUUACUAAAAGCAACACGAUUGUUUAAGAAAAAGUGUAUCAGAAGUGUUUUUGCUUCCAACAAGAAAAGUAUCCGCUAGAAGAGGUCGGUGAACUCUGAUCCCAUUGGCAGAUAUUUUUCUUUCAAGUAAACACGUUUCAUUUUGGUGCAAGACUCUCUUUGCUUUUAAACUAAAUAUAUCUUUAUUUGAAAUUUAGACAAAAUACUUGUGUAAUUGUUUUGCAGCGCAGAAAGCGAGUCGUCGUUUUUGACGUUCUGGUGACUCGAAACAAGAUGACAUCUAAGGCUUUUGGGGGGAAACCCCAAUGUUUUAUUGCAUGUUAAAUUUCUAUCCAAAUCAAAUGACAAAUCCCCAAAAUAAUGAAAAAGGGUUGCCUUCACAACUUUAAAUUCAUUAAAAGUGCCUUCUGUAUGUCCACUGGGCCUUGGGUUUGGAGUAACUGGAUUCAGAGCGGUUUGGUUUAGUCUGUCGUCUGAGUUAAGACUGAAAUUAAUGUCUCACGAAGCGGUUUGGUUGUUCCUUCACUCAUCUUGUAUUAUUUCUGAUUAGUUUAGACUCGUGUUUUCUGCAACACCACAUCUGUCCUGAGGAUCGUACAAUGUGAUUUUCUGAUAGUAGAUAGCGAUGUUCAUUUUUUUUUUAGUUCUUCUGUUUCCUGAUGUAAUUAUCGGGGCGUCUUGAACCCCGGAGAUGUACAGACUGUUAGCGUUCUAGCUCUUUCGGUAGAUGCACAGACAUGAGAAACGGGACGGAUGGGAGAUUUCAUGUUUGCCCUCGGUUUUUAUUUCCAAUCGUACCUUUUUGGGGUAUUUUUUUUUUUUUUGUUUGUUUGUGGAGAAUAAACUGUGUUUCGGUUUGUUUCUGUAUUUGCCAAAUAUGAGUAAAAAUGCUGUAUUUUCUUACACGGAUGAGGUGUUUGGGAGACGGACGUCAGAGGAAUUCAGCCGGAGAAGACACCGCAGUGAACAUGAACGCGUGUCAUUGUUGUGUGGAUUUGAUCUGCCAUUAAAACAUUCCCCCAGA